CCAGAUCACUCGUAUUGUCAAGAUGAAUACGAAGCUGGAGAGUGUUGCAACCACUCUUGAGGCCGAAGGUAUCACCAAGCUUGGAGUUCCUUCAGAAAAACAAGUGGCAUCCAUCAAACAGAUUGUUGCAUCGGGAUUCCUAGACCAGAUUUCGGUAAGAGCUGAUAUCGUCAACUCGGAAGUCAGUGUUCCCAAGAGCACCAGUAUAAUUAACAUCCCAUACCAAACAAUCACGUUAACAGCGCAAUCGGACGAAACUACUGAUGGGUUUGUGUACAUUCAUCCUCACUCUGUGUUGGCUGCGUCAGGUGAAAUGCCUCCAGAUAUGAUGGUAUACCAAUUGCUUAACCUAAGCAGCAAUAGAAAAGAAGGCGUGGUAACAAAGGCCAGAAUGAAGGCACUUGUGGACAUUUCAGGGAAGCAAUUGGCCAAUAUUGCCAAAGGGUCUCCAUUAUUGACAUACUCCAAACCCUUAGGUAACAAGUAUGCACCCAAAAAUAUCACUUCUUCAAAGAGAGAGGCAUAUGUUAUCCCUCGAUUUGGAGCUGCUAUCGGUUCUGGGGGGUUGGGCUGGGAUUUGCCUGUCAUUAAAGUGGUGCAAGUAAAAAAUAAUGGUCAAUGGAUCAAUGAAUAGAGUUUUUCUAGUGUAAAUAGAAGUAGUUCGCAUCGCAUA